AUGAACGUUCUUCUCUAUACGUCGACCGUUCCUCAUUUGACUUCUCAAACAUUAACCCGACUUAAACUAUUCUUCCAGACGCAUUAUGACAUAAUUGUUGUUGAUUCUAACGCGCUUCGUACAGAGCCCUGGUCGUCUUCCACAAGAUUACUGAUAAUGUCCGAUGGUGAUUACGCAGCUUAUCGACAAUCGCUGCGAUCAACCGUUACCAAGAAAAUACAAGAGUAUGUCGCUGGCGGUGGGAAUUAUGUUGGAAUCGGUGCAGGUGCUAUGUAUGCUGCUAGGGGAACGUUCGAAGAGGAGGGAAUUAUUGACGAAAAUGCGUCGGAAGAGGGUGAGUUUGGUGCAGAAGUCGGGAGGGAAGAGAGAGAGCUAGGUUUUUUUGAUGGAGAAUUUAAAUUGAAUAAAGAAGUAUUGGGAAAGUAUUACCCUAACAUGCCGCAUGAAAUAAGUAUCGAUAAUAAUGAAGAAACAAUGAAUUCCACAACACUCAACAGAGGCUAUUUUCAUUUGAAAGACUCACAAAAAGUGAUAGUCCUUGCGCGAUAUAAACGUACAGCUCACCCAGCAAUAAUCUAUAGCUCAAUCGGACAAGGCACAGCCAUCCUUCUUGGCAUUAACAUCCUUAAUCCAUCACAAUAUGAUUCAAUGGCGCCUCUAUCUGAUCCGUCAUCGAUAUCACAUCUCCUGUGUUCUCUUUUCAAACUCCAGUCUUUAAAUGUUUCUCCAACUCAAAGUCAUGUUCCGCGCCUAUCUCCACUCUUCCUCGCCUCAUCCCGGUCUUCACUUACCGAACGCCUCUUGCGAAACAUCAAGCCUAUUACGUCCGAUAAUGGCACGCUUAAAAUGACAAACAACACAUUCCGUCUAGUGAAAGAUCUCGCUGAAUCCGGAGAAUUGCUCAGACUAUAUGAUAGGGGCGAAUUGGAUAUAGUGGAGGAUGGAGAGAUACCAGUGUUGGUAUAUCAUGAUGAUCCCCCGGGAGUGGAAAUUACCAAGACGUUUGACAUUGGAGCGUUUUUCGAAUGCUUGAGAAAAGAAAGACAAAAGGAAGAGUUAGGUCAGAGGAGAGAAAUGGAGUUUGGGUCGAGCGUCUUGUUCGGUGAUAGCAUUACGAGUACUCAAACUAUUUUGGAUAACAACUUCUCUCUAACUCAGCACCUACCAACUGGUUUUGUUGUCACAGCCACGACACAAAUUCGAGGACGAGGACGAGGACGGAAUUCUUGGAUAUCUCCGCCAGGAUGUUUACAAUUUUCCUUAGUGCUACGUCAUCCCGUUAAUAUAUACUUGGCAUCCGUAGUGUUUGUGCAGUAUUUGUUGGGAUUGGCAGUGGUUGAGGGCAUUCGAGGCAGGGAUGGAUAUGAGAAUAUUCCACUAAAGUUGAAGUGGCCAAACGAUAUAUAUGGCGAAGUCUCAACUCGCGAUGGGACAUCCAAAGAAUACGUGAAGAUUGGAGGCAUAUUGGUAAACUCGCAUUUUGUGCGAGAUGAGUUUUUGUUAAUUGCAGGUUGCGGAGUUAACACAAACAAUGUUGCCCCAACAACAGCAAUCAAUCGGAUAAUUGCGUCGUACAAUGCAUUACAUAACACAGAGUUAUCAGGAUUCACGCAGGAAGGGCUUCUUGCCAUAAUUCUCACAAAGUUUGAGUUAUUUUAUUUGGAAUUUGUUAAUAAUAAGCGCGGAUUUGGUGUAUUCCUUGACCUAUAUUAUAAAAGAUGGUUGCACUCUGACCAAAUAGUGACCGUCGAGUCAUUGAACAAGCGGGCGAGGAUUGUUGGCAUAACAACUGAUUUUGGCUUUCUGAAAGCGGUCGUCGUCGAUGAGAAUGCGAAUGACACUCAUGAGAUAAUUACGUUGCAGCCGGACGGCAAUAGCUUUGACAUGAUGAAAGGAAUGAUUACACGCAAAACUAGGAUGUCAAGUCCCAAAACUUCAGCGCAAGUAGCCCCAAGUGAUAUAAGCAACUUCACAUUAAGAGAAAAAGACCCAUACACAAAGAGCAAGGCCAUGCCACUCUUUAACACAACAAAAUUGCAGGGACAUCAAUCUGCUCUAUUGAAUGGACCCAAGCGCUGGCAUCCAGCACAGCAAAAAGCGAAAAAGGCUCUCAAAGCUCAACAUUAUAUACAAGCCAUAACACAUUUAACGCACGUGUUAGAAAUAUAUCCCAACAGUUAUUCAGCGAAAUGUGAUAGAGCAGAAGCUUACAUGAACAUCAACGAAUUAGAUAAAGCAAAGGAAGAUCUCACUGCUGCUAUAACACAUAACCCAAAGAAAUCACAAGCGUGGAGCAAACGAGGAGAACUAUUCUAUCGACGGGCAAGAUAUGAUGAGGCAUUAGUUGAUUUAGCAAAAGCACUGAAAUUAGAAUCAAAGAAUGUCUAUGCUCUAUGUACUAGAGCAAACGUGUAUCAUAAAUUAGGACGCGGGGCUGUCUAUCGGUCAAUGAAGUCAUUCAGUCAAGCACUUGAUGAUCUGAAUCUAGCGCUUUCGUAUACUCCAACCACUAGAGCUGAAGAACGAUAUAUAACAAAGGCGCUUCGAAAUAGAGGGGCAGUAUAUAGGGAACUUGGUCUAUUAAAUGAGGCAUUGAACGAUUUGGAUACAGCUAUUGAACGUGAACCCGAGAAUCUAUUUGCGUUGUGUGAAAGGGGAGUUUUGUAUAGAUUGGCGGAAAAAUAUGAUGAUGCUUUGUGUGAUUUAGAUCAUGUGCUACAACUUGAUCCAUAUAAUCCAUUUGCACUGAAUGAGAGGGAAGAAGUUAUCAAAACAAAAUUAACCAAAACUCUCCGGAGACCUUCACUUUCACCGAGGUAA